AUGUUCAAUUCAUUUCAGAACACAGGGUAUAACCCAAACUAUGGUGUGCCCAAUCAGCAACAACAACAACAACCGCUAUACACCCAGCCAACUGGUUUUGCACAACCUAACUUGUAUUCAUCAAACCUUUCUUCAGGCUAUGUUCAAACGCAACCAACAGGAUUCCAAGGUGCCCCCACUGUUGUGGAAAACCACGAUUUGAAAAUCCCCCCCUUCCGUUUGUCUUUUAUUACUGUUGAUGACCAAAAGAAGUUUGAGCAUCUUUUCAGAACUGCGGUUCCUCGAGGAGAACAGGCAAUUACUGGAGAUACGGCAAGUAACGUAUUGAUGAGAUCCGGUUUGAGUCCAAUUACUUUGGCAGAAAUCUGGACUUUAUCUGACCUUGAUAAAACUGGCUCCUUGCUCUUUCCGGAAUUUGCAUUGAGCUUGCAUUUAUGCAAUAUGGCCAAACGUGGUGAACCUCUCCCUGGAGUUCUCCCAGAGAAGUGGCUUAAUGAAGUAAAGAGCUUUGUGGAUGCAAUCAACUUUAGCAUUCCUGAUGAUCCAAACAAUAUCCUAGCUAACACUCCGUUUGCAAAGAAAGAUGACUGGAUGUACAAUCAGCCAUCGGUCAAUGCCCAAGCUACCGGAUUCAACCAGCCACCAACUACAUUUGCCCCUCAAACUACUGGAUUUGGUCAACCUGUUAAUGCUUUUGCUCCGCAAGCCACUGGGUUCAACCAGCAGUCUCAACCUACGACCUUUAACCAACAACCACAGAACAAUUGGAUUGCUCCUCAAAUUACUGGAUACCAUCAACAACAACAACCACCGACAUCUUUCGGAGGUGGUGGUGGAACCCCAGGCGAGUUUAUUCCAUUAAAGCCACAACAAACGGCUGGUUUAAUUCAAAAGACUGGACCUCUCCAAGCACAGGGCACGGGCUUUAACCAACUUCCUCAGCAACGUACGGGAGGUUUCAUUCCUCAAACCACUGGGUUCCAACAACAGAACCAAACUGGGGGUGUUAAUCAAUUCAACCAACAACCAACUGGAGGACUCAACACUAUUGGUUUACAACCGCAAAGAACUGGUCCAUUGCAAGCCAAUAGAACUGGACCAGUUCCAAUGCAGUCUCAGCCAACAGGUCUUCUUCAGCAACAACCCACUGGUGCUUUACAAGCACAACCAACGGGAUUCUUGCAACAACAACCAACUGGAUACUUGCAAGCACAACCAACUGGAAGACCUGGUGAAUGGGGAUUUGUCAAUAUGCCCACAGGCGGAUACUCUGGUUUAAACACCAUGCACAAGGUGUUCCAACCCAACAAUACCAAAACCUUUGAGGAUUUGAACACUGCUAUGAACAAUAAUGCCUCCAGCAAUGUAACCUGGGCCAUCACUAAACAAGAGAAGCAAAUUUAUGACAACUUAUUUCAAGCUUGGGAUACAAGCAGAAGGGGAUAUGUGGACUCCAACGUUGCUUUAAAUGUGUUUACCAAAUCGGGUUUAAGUCGACAAGACUUGGAAUCAAUUUGGACUUUAGCCGAUACCGAUGAUUCUGGUAAGCUCAACAAGAAUCAAUUUGCUGUGGCAAUGCAUUUGAUUUAUAGAAGAUUGAAUGGGUUAGAAAUUCCACUUAGAUUGCCUCCUGAGUUAAUUCCUCCAGCUGAAAGAACAUUUAAAGAUACCAUGGACAAUUUGAAAAACUCGUUGAAGAACAAUGGGGGUAUCAAAUCGGCCAAGAAUUAUAAGCCUCAGACAAAAGUUGAUGGCGCAAGAUUCAAGAAUGAUGAUGACAAUGUUGGUUACGUUUCACGUUCUCGUCAUAGAAGUAGAGAUGAAGGAUCCUUCAAUAGCUCUCCCGAUAAAAAGAACACUGAGGUCACCAUUGAACAGUUGAAGAAAUCCAUCAAAGAAAAGAAGAUCUUGUUGGAUGCUUUGGAUGCUGAAGAUGAAGAAAAGCAGCGUAAUGACACUACUGAAAUUGACAAAUUAAAGAGUCAAAUUUUCGAUUUACAAACCAAGAUUACAAAGGAAGCGCCAAAUAAUAACAAGAAUUUAUUGCUUCAGAAAUUGAAUCACUUGGCAAGGGAUAACAUUCCAAAGUUGAUUUCAAAUAUUAAUAAAUUGAACCAAGACAUUUCGGAAAAGAGCAUUGAAUUGGUUAAACUUAAAUUGAAGCAAGAAGAUCCUUCAUGGGAUGAGAAGAAUGUUGACCUCAACAACAUCGCUACUGAUAAAGGCAAGUUUGAUUUAAAGCAAAAGAUGGCUUUACUCACUGGUAAAGGCGGUAGUGGUGGAGGAGCAGACUUCAAGUUCAAGGAGGCUGUUCAAAAAUCGAAAGCUGAUUUGAAGGGGCAAUCGGAUAUGGUUAAAGAUAUAGAGUCAGGCAUAAAGAGCAUGGAGGAUGAAUGUGCAUCAAAGUUAAAGACUUCGGCUAAGAUUGAAGUUGGAUAUGAGAAGUGGGAAAAGGGUUUCGGAAUUAGCCAAACGGUUGCUUCAUUUGUUAGAGAAUUGCAGAGAUACCAAGACAAUGCAAAUGCGAAGGCUCAACCUCAGUCUUUUCCGCAAGCAAAGAAAUUCGAUGCUUCAUCACAGGAUCAAUCGGCCAGCCCUAUUCAAAAGGAUGCAGUUGAGUUUCCAGCUACUCAACCAACCGCCAGUUACUCCACGCCUGAAGAAAGAGCUGCAUAUAUCAAAGAACAAGCUGAGAAGAGAAUGGCUGCUAGACUUGAGAAGCUUGGAAUCAGCCGUAGUAAGAAUCAUGGGAGGAGAUCAACUGAAAAAUCCGAAUCAGCCUCAGCCCAACCUAAACAGAAGCCAGAAGCUAAAGAUGUUCCUCGUGAGACUAAUGAGACCAUUCAUGUGCCACAGCUUACCAAACAAAAGACUGGUGCUGUAGGUGGGUCACAAGUUGAUGCUUCCUCUCUGUCUUCCACCCCUUCUAAGUCCACUGAACCAGUGGUGGUGGAAAAGCCAAGAGACAAUUUCACCACACCAUCUCAGCCAGAUAUCCCAAAGGAGUCAGUUGUUCCGCAACCAGCUACUAAUGAAGUAGCCCAAAUUGGCAAUUUUAAGACAGAGCCACCAACUGAGCCGAAUAAAUCUGAAGAAAUAUUUGUUUCACACUCAGUCAAUAGAGAAGUAAGCCAGGCAUACAACCAGAAUACAGCAUCACAAGCACAAGUUCAAAACACCAAUGAGACACUGAGAAAAUCUGGAGAGCCUGUUUCGCAUGAGAAUAAUUCAGCCAUCUCCCAACCUAACUCUGCUAUAUCUCAACAACCAGAGCUUGAAACUGCUAAGGAGGAAAGCACCAACAACAAGCCACCUUCAGAUGACAAGCUCAAGGAAAAUGUACAGAACCAAAGCACUGCUAUUUCAUCCAAACCUCCCAGACAUGAUAAUAACCCAUUCUUUAAGAAGCAAUUCCAACCAGUUAAUAAUGAAAAGGCUAGUAUGCAAAGAAAUGUCCAAAGAGGUAUUCUGAAUGAUAACAGCUGGAGUGAUUCUGAUGACGAAGAAUCAGACGAUGAUGCACCAAAUAGAGCAGGUGCUGCACACUUGGCCAACUUGUUGUUUGGAAACAUGGCACCAGCUGCUACUCACUCAGUAGAGCCAGCAACAACUGGAAACCUGGGAAGUAAAGUCGACAGUGUGUCUCAACAACAAGGUGAAGCUGAGUUUGCAGUGACUAUACAUCAGGAGAAUAAAGCCGACAGCGUGUCUCAACUACAAAACGAACCCGAACCAGAAACUACAUUACCAGUACCAGGUACGGACAAUUUAGAGGCUUCAUCAACCAGUUCUAGUGGUGCCGGAUGGAAUACUGCUGAAUCGUCACCAUCAAAUCAACCAGUAUCUGGUGUUCGUGAAACUGAAUCAAUUCCGCCCAUUCCUUCGUCAAACUCUAUUCCGCCACCGCCACCGCCACCAGCCGACUCAAUUCCGCCCGUGGCUUCCUCAGAUUCUAUUCCAGAACCAUCUUCGAACGGUUUCUCAUCUACUGUUCCACCCACCCCAAAUGAGUCAGCCCCUCCAGUUCCAUCCAGUAACUCAAUUCCCCCACCACCACCACCACCACCAGUUCCCUCAAGUGAUUCGAUCCCACCACCACCACCAGUUCCACCUUUUGGAGCCCCUGCUCCUCCUCCACCACCUGCACCAGCACCUCCAGCUCCACCUGCAAGCGACAGUGGUGCACCAUCCACGCCUAAUGUUGGGGCCUUGUUGAAUCAAAUUACUGGUGGUACAUCUUUGAAAAGGGUUCAAACUAAAGAAUCAACAGGUGCCACUGUUGGAAGAGUUUUAUAG